CUGGAUCUGUAAGCAAACAGCAGGCUGUUCCUUGACUGGCUGCUCCACGCACCUACCUACCCAAGUAAACUGCAUGGGGGAGAGGGGGAGGGUGUAACGGGAGCAGCCCCCCGGACCCGGGCCGCGGCGGCAGCAGCGCUGGCGGGCGCUGGCUGGCGGCGCCUCCCCCUGUUCGGUCCAGAGCUCUCACCCGUGCUCGCGCCGCCCGCCUGCCCCGCGCCCUGCGUUACACGCCCGCCCCCCCCGCCCCAGCGCCUCCCCUGCCCACGUUCACGCGGGCCGCCUCGCGUUCUCGUGCGGCUGCUGGGUCGCGGCUGCUGUCGGCUUUACACGCAGGUCAUUAACGAGGGGGCGUGCCCGAGAUUUUUCCCAUAAAGCACCCCCCCCCCUUUUUUUUCUCUUUUGCCAAACUGACUUUUACCCCUUUCCACUUCUCGCCAGCCGUUUCAAUCCCUCCCCGGCUGCCGGGGCUGCCGCCGCCGCUGCACUCAAGUUUAUUUUCCCGCCCGGUAGGGGUUUUAGGAUUCGGUUGGUGGUUUUCACCUCUUGUUGCUGCUGUGCCCAAGGAGGGGAAGACGAGCAGCUGCGGGAGGAUCGGGAAGGUUUUCUGAUGUAGUCAUCGGGGAGGUGCCACUCGCUCGUGCGCUCCCCCCACCCUCCCUUUCAAACUGAUUGAUGCGUCUCUACAAGUUGCUGGGCUUGGGGCCGAACCCAUCGGAGUCGCGGAGAGACUUCUGAGAGCGCACUCGGGGCUCUUGGCACUGCGUCCGGGGGCUCAUUCCUGCUCCCGGAAGGCGAUCGGAGACUGACAUCAGCCCAUCCAGGAGUUGGAGAGAUUCAUGUGAAAGUGAUUGUUUCCCCUCCCGCUCUGCAGCCGAGCUCCUGGGUUGGCGUCGCCCUGCAGGUUUAGUCAUCCCAGCUCCGCCUGGCUGGCUGGUAACCUCUGCUCUUCGUUCACCUCGGUACACCCACACCCGGCCGAGAAAAGCACGCGCGAGAAAUCCCCGAGGCCAGCGCCUGCGGUGCUGUCUCCCGCCGCCGCCGCCGCCGCUGCAGUCCGACUCCGCCGGGGACCUGCUGGAAGACACGGAGAGCCAAACUUUUUUUUGAGGUUUGCGAAGCAAGACCGCUCCUCGCCAGCUUCGUUGCCGCUUAACCCGUUCCAGGACGCCGGCGGGGCUGGGUUUGUGGCUCCGGAUCCCCACCCUCCUCAGCGCACCGCCCCGAACCCGCAACACCUACGACUCCUCCGCGAUUUCUGGGGGUUGCCCAGUGAAGGCACAGACGAGGCCACCGGCGCGAAGCCCCCAUCCACACGGAGCUCUCCUUCCGCAGUUUCCCACCGGCCGCCAAAGUAACUUGGAGCGAAGCGGGGCGCCCUGCGAGAGCCCUGGGCGGCGGAGAGCUGUGCAUCCCGCCGCGCCGACGCUGAGCCGAGCCGGGCGGGCCAGUGUAUGUCUUCCCGCGGCCGCGGCGCGCAGCUCCCGGUGACUGUGCAGCGUGCGCCGCCGCCUGCCCCGACCCGCGCUGCCGUCGCUCGGCCGGGCGCGCACCUCCUUCUCCCCGGGUGACCGGCCAGCCGCCGCCGCCGCCGCCCUAGACACAGCUUGGCACCCCCUUACCCCGCCCUCGCCGCCGCCGCCGCCACACACUCGCAUGCUUCUCUCCAUCUUGUGAUUUCUUUUUUUCCUUUUGAACCCUCCAGUGGGGGUGCGAGUUUGUAUUUAGCCCCUCCACUCCACUGCCUCUUUUCUUCCCGCUCUCCGCCCCCCUCCCCCAGUUUGGUGUGUGCCUUUUUCUCUUCUCAUUCCUCUUGAAUUUUAUUUAUUCCUAUUUAUUUGGCUCCUGCUCUCUCCCUCUCGUUCUCUCCUCCCCUCCUUCUCUCCGGAUCCCUGCUCUCUCCCCGGAGUGGCGCGUCCAGUGCUCCGCCGCUGGCCAGGCGUGAUGUUGCACGUGGAGAUGUUGACGCUGAUGUUUCUGGUGCUCUGGAUGUGUGUGUUCAGCCAGGACCCGGGCUCCAAGGCUGUCGCCGACCGCUACGCCGUCUACUGGAACAGCAGCAACCCUAGAUUCCAGCGGGGUGACUACCACAUUGACGUCUGCAUCAAUGACUACCUGGAUGUUUUCUGCCCUCACUACGAGGACUCAGUCCCAGAAGAUAAGACCGAGCGUUACAUCCUCUACAUGGUGAACUUUGAUGGCUACAGUGCCUGCGACCACACUUCCAAAGGGUUCAAGCGUUGGGAAUGUAACCGGCCUCACUCUCCGAAUGGACCACUGAAGUUCUCUGAGAAAUUCCAGCUCUUCACGCCCUUUUCUCUAGGAUUUGAGUUCAGGCCAGGCCGGGAAUAUUUCUACAUCUCCUCUGCAAUCCCAGAUAAUGGAAGAAGGUCCUGUCUAAAGCUCAGAGUCUUUGUGAGACCAACAAAUAGCUGUAUGAAAACUAUAGGUGUUCAUGAUCGUGUUUUCGAUGUUAACGACAAAGUAGAAAAUUCAUUAGAACCAGCAGAUGACACCGUACAUGAGUCAGCCGAGCCAUCCCGUGGCGAGAACGCGGCACAGACACCCAGGAUACCCAGCCGCCUUUUGGCAAUCCUACUGUUCCUCCUGGCGAUGCUUUUGACAUUAUAGCACAGUCUCCUCCCGUCACCUGUCACAGAAAACACCAGGGUCUUGGAACACCAGAGAUCCACCUAACUGCUCAUCCUAAGAAGGGACUUGUGAUUGGUUGCUUUGGCAGAUGUCAGAUUUUUGUUUUCUUUCUUUCAGCCUGAAUUCUAAGGAACAACUUGGGGCCUGUGGGGGGCUCAAGUAGUUGCUGCCUCCCUCACCCCGCCCCAGCCCUUGCCCUUGACUUUUCUCACCCCUUCCAAAUUAAAUGGACUCCAGAUGAAAAUGCCAAAUUGUCGUAGUGACACCGGUGGUCAGCAGCGCCUGCGCACUCUCCUGUAGGAGCUCCCCUUCUUUAGGGCCCUGUGUCAGCAGCACGUGGACGAGGAAGAAUAGUGGCAGAUGCAGCCAGGGAUGGCGAGGCCCAGGAGGGUUCUUCCCUCCCAUCCAAUAUUUAUGCCUUUUCAUUCAGGACUGGAAGAGAAUCGUGCAGGGCAGCAUGUCACCAUGUCACGUCCAGAGGGGAGGUAUUAAGGACAGAUAUAAUAUUACACUAUUUCCUCUAGGGUGUGUAAAUGAACAGGCUUCUAAAAGGUUGAGACACUUUUUUUUUUUUUAGAUGACUGUCUUGACAGCAAAAUGUGUGCUCCAUAAAAGAAGCCUUUUUCCUAGGCGGUGGGUAGGGUGCCGGAAUGCUACCCAGAGCGAGUGCGAGUGACAUCAGAGAAAACUUAGGUUUGGUGGGGGUGUGUAUGUAUGAGUGCCUCUAAUAUUUUUGGUGACUGGGCGGUAUACACCAGAUUAUUUUUCCCUUUGACUACAGAUCACCAUGGUGCUACAACUAUUUUUGUUUUUAAAGAAAUUCAAAGAGGCAUUUUUAUGACUAAAGUGACCUUCCCCAAGGCUGACAAGCCAGGGUUGAUGAGUGCAUAAUGGAAUAGCUUUGAAUCCUCCUCUGGGGCACACUAUGUACCAAGGAGCACAGGUCCGUGGCCAGAGGAGAGGUGAUGUGGCUUUGCUGGAGCGCCAGUGCGCCGUGGCCUUUCCCCGUCUCCCACCCUAGCACCCACGUUUUGCUCCACACUCGGUGACGACAGGGGCUCGGACACAAACCCCUGGCCCCCGGAGAGUCAGUCAGCACGACUUGGGAGGGCUAAAGGGAAAUUUGGAAUAAAAAUUCCAAAGUGUGGAAUAAAAAAAAAUUCAAGUGUUGAUUUUAUAUUCUUUCCCUUUCUGACACAGCCUGAAAGCGUAGGGGGAACAUGUGUUUAUCUGUGGGAGAUAAACAAGAUGGAGUCCCAAAGACUUUAACAAAAUAUUUUUUUAAAAAUCCACUAGAAUAGAAAAUACAUUAUUUAGAUAUACUUUAUGCUGAGAGUGUAUAUGCUUGUCCUAUUUAAACUUGUGAGAAAAAGUGGUAUCCCUUGAUAUAUUUAGGAAUAUGGAGGCUAUCUUGUUUCCUUGUGGGGGUGGGGCAGAAGGCGAAUACAUGCAGGAUGACCCUGUCUGCUUAAGGAAUCUCAGCAUGGCCAGCAAGGGAUGUUUCCAGUUAGUCACCAGGAAAUGCACGCCUUGGGGGCUUCUACUGGUGAAGCUAUCGCGAACUUUGAACUCGGAAGCCUAUAGACAGGAAAGAGCGGCAGACCAAGGGAAAAGAAAUCUUGCCUUUUCUGCUAUUGCACGACACCAACAGAAAACAUGCCUUUUGAAACAAAACAAAAAAUAUAUGCGAUGAUCAUGUGAGAUGUGAACAAUUGGAAGAAUUCCAGCAAAAUAAGUGAUUUUAAAAAAUGUAUGUGUUAAAAAAAAGGGGGAGGGUCUUCUUAUGGACCGCUUUUGUGAAUGGGAGCUUGGUAAGCAUCAGUAGUUCUGACUUAGAGAAGUAUGUGCGAGAAGGCAGCUAGCUGUGCACGUGUUGAAAUGUAACGCGGGCUUACCUGAUCUGUUUGGGGGGUGUUGCUGCUGGGUCUCUGUGUCCCGGGAACCAGUGAGUGGGGCCGCCAGCCUCGCAGAUACAACCGGGCCUGCCCCCCCGGACCUCAGGGCCUUCUCGGGAGUGGCAUGGCAGAGUCUUGUCACAGAGGCAGCCACCGUUUUGCUGCAAGAAAAGUUCACAGCAUCGGAUUCUUUUUUUCCUUCAACUGUUUAGCUGCUCAGUCCUCUCAGUAACGCCCAAUAAUGCUUCUUUUUAUGAAUAGUUGCAGGCUUGUUGGUCCAGUGGGAUGUGGGUAGGAGGGAAAGAGAUACCUUCUAAAAUGGAUCAAUAGUCAGAACCAAAAUAAUACUGCAUGUUCUAUAACCACAAGGAAAUCAAAUGAUCCUGUAAUGAUGCCAGUUAGUCAUAACUACAUUAGCAGUGCUAAUUUCAUUUUAGAAAUGGUGACUUCUGUGGUUUUCCUAGCAUUUGUCUCUAACAAAUGAUGAAAUAAUUACUCAUGGCCCUCUCUGCCACUCUCUUUCAUUUUUCACAGUGAAAUUAGACCCCUUCCCUUCACCAUUGUGCCACUGCAAAUUAAGUUUAAAAAAAAGAAAAAGUAGCAAGACUAUCCCUACCAGUAGACAGUGUGCUUCUCUACCUAUAAAGUGAUGUAAUUGUAGGUCAUGCUUGCCGCGGAGUUUUCAAGAAGAUGAUGGGUAUCAGGCAGUUUUCAUCUUGUCCAAAAAGUGCUGGUGGCCUUUUGUGGUGUCGUGACAACCCUCUGGGGGCUUAGGAAGAUGUCGAUGCAACUUGGUAGGAGCUUUUCAUUUCAAAAAACAACUCAAAAGUCUGAAGGGCAGCCUUCGCUGCCUCUCAGCCCAUUAGUCAGACCCAGGGACCUUUGCCCCCGGUUGCCUGGGGCUUUGCAACAUGAAGCAGGGAAAUAAGGAUCUGUCUGUUCAGUGGAUACCGUGUAUCCUUUAAUAGGCCAGGUAACCGUCUGUGUUAGUUUAGACUCUUGUUUUGUACUGUACUUUCUUGGGUGGCAGAGGAAAGAAAAGUAAAACAUUAAAAAAAAAAAACAACUGCGUUCUUUAAAUUCUGUAUUAUUAGCAACCUCUGUUGUAUAUAGUGUUUGAUAAUAAAGUAUUAAUUUGAUUCUUA